AUGGGACGCACCCUCGUCCUAAAGGUCGCGACGACGAGUUACGACUACAUCAUCGCGGGCGGCGGGACGGCGGGGUGCGUGCUCGCGAACCGCCUCAGCGAGGACCCGAGCAAGAAGGUGCUCGUGCUCGAGGCCGGCGACCGGGGCCCGAACUCGCCGCUCGUGAAGAUCCCCGUGGCCAUCCUCAAGCUCUUCAAGUCCGCGUACGAUUGGAACUUCGCGACGAGGCCGUCCGAGGCCGUCGCGGACCGGAGCCUCUACGUCUGCCGGGGCAAGGGCCUGGGCGGCAGCUCCCUGACGAACGUCAUGCUCUACAACCGGGGCUCGGCCAACGACUACGACGCGUGGGCGGCCGCGUGCGGCGACGACUCGUGGGGGGCGGAAGAGAUGCUCGGCUACUUCAAGAAGGCCGAGGACUGCCUCGUGCCGGCGCACCGAGCGAACCACUACCACGGCGUCGGCGGGCCCUACGCGUCGAGCCACGUGCCCUACACGAACGAGAUGUCGACGGCGUUCGUCGAGGCCGCCGUCGAGGACGGCGGCGUGCGCAACGGCGACUUCAACGACUGGUCCACGUCCCAGGUCGGCUUCGGCCGCUUCGCCGUGAGCCAGCGCAAGGGGGCAAGGGUGGACGCGGCGACGGCCUACCUCCCGCGGAAGGUCCGGCGGCGCGCGAACUUGGACGUGGUCCGCGGCGCGGCGCUCUCCGGCGUCACGUGGAACGCGAACAAGGCCACGGGCGUCGAGUUCGCCUUCGGCGGCGUCUCGGGCAUCGCCUGCGGCGGCGAGGUGAUCCUCUCCGGCGGCGCGGUCCACUCGCCGCAGAUGCUCAUGCUCUCCGGCGUCGGCGCGAAAGCGCAGCUCGAGGAGUUCGGCAUCCCCGUCGUCGCGGACCGGCCGGGCGUGGGCAAGAAUUUGCAGGACCACCCGGCCUGCCUCGUGUCCUGGCGCGGGUCGGCCAAGGCCCAGGGCAAGAGCCACUCGACGCAGCUCCGGAUCCCCGGGACGACGAAGACCUCGCCCAAGGCGCUCCUCCAGUGGCUCUUCCUCGGCCGGGGCCCCUUGGCCUCGCCGGGCUGCGACCACGGCGGCUUCGCCAAGGUCGGCGCCGGCGACGGCGACUGCGACGUCCAGUUCCGGUUCCUCGCGACGAAGUCGAUCACGCCCGACGGCAUGUCUACCAUCUCCGACUCCUACGAGGCCGCCGUGGACCACCCCGACGGCUUGACGAUCCAGACCAUCGUCGCCCGGCCCAAGAGCCGCGCGGGCGAGGUGAAACUCGCGUCCCGGGACCCGGCGGCGAAGCCCGUCAUCGAGAACGCGUACCUCUCCGACGAGGCCGACGUCAUGACCAUGGUCAAGGCGCUCCAGAAGGCGCGGUCCAUCGCGAGCCGGGCGCCGUUGAGCGCCUACGCGGGACACGAGGAGUUCCCGGGGGAGGACGUCGCGGACGAGCGCCAACUGGCGGCCUACGUGCGGAACACCGCUCAUACCGCGAACGCGGUCGUCGGGACCUGCAAGAUGGGCGAGUCCAGCGACGCCCUCGCCGUCGUCGACAACCACCUCAAGGUCAUCGGCGUCUCGAACCUGCGGGUGGUGGACGCGUCGGUGAUGCCGACGCUGCCGGGCGGCCAGACGGCCGCGUCGACCGUCGCGCUCGCGGAGAAGGCCGCGGACCUCAUCAAGGGGGGCUGA